AAGUGGGUGUUGUGCGCUAGGAGUUAGCUCAUUGAAGGAAAACGAUAAGAAUUAGCUGAUGUUUUGAAGUCAAACACAGAGUAAUUUGUUCUUCAUUCUUAAUAAGGACGUUGGCUACUAAGUACUAUAUAGUAGAGUGACAAUGUUACGAGUGUUAUUGAUAUUUGGCGCCCUCUGUGGUUGUAUCCAUGCUCUUGAUAAUGGGUUAGCCCGAACACCACCGAUGGGAUGGCUUGCUUGGGAGCGGUUCAGAUGCAACAUUGACUGCAAAAAUGAUCCCAAAAAUUGCAUCAGUGAGCAGCUUUUCAUGGAAAUGGCCGAUCGUAUGGUAGAAGAUGGAUACCUGGAUGCUGGAUAUGAAUAUAUUAAUAUUGAUGAUUGUUGGAGUUCAAAGCAACGUGAUUCACAAGGUAGACUUCAAGCUGAUCCUGAUAGAUUUCCUUCUGGUAUCAAAGCACUGGCUGACUAUGUUCAUAAGAGAGGAUUGAAGCUUGGUAUCUAUGGUGACUACGGUAACUUGACCUGUGGAGGUUACCCCGGUAGCUUGGGUCAUCUUGAGGUGGAUGCAAACACCUUUGCUGAGUGGGGAGUGGAUAUGUUUAAGAUGGACGGAUGCUAUGCUGAUCCUAAAACAAUGAAGAAAGGUUACCCUGAGAUGACCAAAUACUUGAACCAGACAGGUAGACCGAUCCUUUUCUCAUGUAGUUGGCCUGAUUAUGAACGUGCAAGUGGCAUAGAGGUUGACUACAAGCUUGUAGCAGAGAAUUGUAACAUUUGGCGGAACUACGAUGACAUUCAAGAUUCAUGGCAAAGUGUUCUUGGGAUUGUUGAUUACUAUGCUAAGGAACAAGAUACACUAGCCGCAGUACAAGGACCUGGAAGCUUUAAUGAUCCAGAUAUGAUAAUUGUAGGAGAUUUUGGAUUGAGCUAUGAGCAAGCGAAGGCUCAGAUUGCAAUGUGGACCAUCUUUGCCGCUCCUAUGUUGAUGUCAAAUGAUCUUAGAACCAUCAGACCAGAAUUCAGAGAGCUUCUUCUUAAUAAGGAAGUUAUUAACAUCAAUCAGGAUUCAUCAGGACACUUUGGAAAGCGGGUCUUACAGGUGACACCAAGCAUUCAGGCAUUCGUCCGUCAAACGGACGGUCCAUGUUGGCCAACGGUUUUUCUCAACCGCGGUUCUGGAGGGAAUCCGACGAAUAUAACCGUAUCUUUCUCGGAUCUAGGCCUUCCUAUCCACAGUGUUGAAGGCUUUGAUGUACUUGAUUUGUUCACAGGGGCAUAUUCCGGAUACCUAACUCCUGAUGCUUCGUACAGUUACAGUGUGCCCCCCUCAGGGGUUGUAAUGGUCAAAAUAGGAACCGCAGAAUAAUUAAGAGCCACAUCGAAAUCAUGUACGAGUUAUGGUGUUUUUUAGAUUUUCUGUCCUACUGUAUUAUCGGUUAUUUUGCAAACAAAAUAUUUUGGAAACGUGUUUCGACCAUAUGAUUUAAAUAAGGUUCGGAUUUCAUAUGUUAUUCAAUUUCAUAUUCAUUCAUGUAUGAUGAUUAAUUAAUGAAUAUAAUCAUUUGCAUAUCACAUACUUGGUUCAAAGGUUCAUCUCUGUUCUACACGAAAUAAAACCUAAUAUAGAAAGGUGUUUAGUAAGGGUCAUACAAUUUCUUAAUGAUAUUGGUACUUUUGUAAUAGCAACUACUGCGAAUGGAAUCGAAAUAGUGUGCUAGGAAUGAUAGUACUUUGUAAAUCCUUUGACCAUGCUCAUUUCUUGAUUUUUAAAAAAAAGUUUUGUAUCAGCCUCUCAGUCUGACUAUACAAUCAGACUAACUUGUUUAUGCUAAUAGAUGAAAAUUACAUUUCAUCCCUUUGAAAUUCCUUUUCACCCCUGCUUUCUAUAACUUUGUAUUCCGUAAUCUUAUCAGAUUCAUCCACGAAUUUGUAUGAUUUUAGAAAUCAUUUGCAUUACUUGAUAUAAAACAGUGUAAUUCUGUUCAACUUUUCCCCCACGAAAUACGCAAUUGAAAUGUAAAUAUCUCACAUGGCUUAAGGGCUCAAUUCAUAAAAAAUGGAGAAAUAAAUAUGUCCUACCUAAUGAGUGUCGCCUUUAAACGGUUUAUUUUCACAUUUAUACAACAUAUAUAUAUUUUAUACUCCUUGAUGUUGGAAGAAUAUUGUUACUUCAAUGGUAUCAUUAUUGAGCAAUGUUGAUGUAGUCAUAUGAUUUUUAAAGAAAAUAUUGGAUAAUGUAUGUCAUUGUUAUAUUUUACUUACUUUUUUCUAAUACUAUUUCGAGUAUCAAUAAUAUUAAAUAUGUCAUGUUAAAUUUAAUUAGCGUUAUUUUUUUUAUUUAGAAGUAUGAUAAAUGACUCUUAAAUCAUUAAUCAAUAUGAAUACGAAUUCAGCUCAUGGCGGAACGAAAAACGUGAUUUCAAACAAAUAUCCAAUAUCAGGAAUUAUAGCAUGUGUAAUUUAUUUGAAUUCUUGUCCAUUUUCUGUUUUGGUCAGUGUAAUGAUGACUGCAUUGAAGGUUACUGAUGUUGGUGGUGAGAAUUGUUUUAUGAUAAGGAUGCUGAUGGUAAAUUUGAUGGCAGCUGAAAUUUUAGUUGAUAGUAAAUUAUAAAUUCCACUUUACUGUUUUGUACCUUUAUACUAUCGUCAUUCGUACAUUAAAAUGUUUUCAUGAA